AUGAGCUCUCAAGAUUUAAAUGGUCCAUCAGUCGAAGUUGCCACCACCACUGCCAUGUUAGCAUGGUGGAAUAACGUGGUGGCGUGUGCACUUUGCUCAGUGUUGAGUUUAAUCGCAAGUUAUAUAAUAGUACGUGCGAAAUCGAUACCGAGAGGGGUGAGGAUAUGUUAUGUGCUCUUCAAACUUGUGGAGGUUGGAUUUAAUGCACUCUUUGUGGUUGCGUGCCCGAUCUUCGUGGCCAUCGAAACUUCCAUCGAUUUCGAGGGUCUAAUGAUUGUCAAUGCCGGUAUCAUGCUGCCAUCAACGCUCGCUAUGAUAUGCCUAAUGCUCUCCAUCGUUCUCCUGACACAACUCAUUUUUGUGUCUCCAAUCGUGUAUUGGAUACGGUAUCUGCAGAUUUGUCGAAAAGGGAUCCACCCACCACAUGUGAUAUCUGUCAUUUUCCUCAACAUAAUUCUGCUCCUACUCUCUGCAGGUGUCUUAUGCUACGCCUCGAGUCCAACCAUUGAGGAUGUCAUAUAUUUGAGCGGGAUUGCUGUUAAUUAUGUUGGACAUGAAACAGUGUUCCUCGUAUUAUCUUAUGAUAAAAGUGGAACAUCAAUCACAGCAUUUAUCUCAAGUGGCACUUACCUCUUCAUCUUGGUAUUCUCUGUGGUGAUAAUGGGUUUCAGUCAUUUGAGAAUCAACACUCGAAUUAAUUCGAACACGACGAUGAGUGAGAAUUUGAAGAAGAUGCAAGUUCGAGCCAAUCAGAUUUUGACGUCACAAUUCAUCAUGACCCUAAUCUUCAUCCAACUUCCCUUCUUCUACUCAGUCCUUGGCCCAAUGAUCGGAGUAUCCCAGAAGCUCGCCACCUAUCUCCUCUCGAUUCUCUUUGUCUGGGGACCCGUAGCCAACACUGCAAGUCUCUUCAUUUUCAAGACUCAUGUUCGUCAAACCGUUUUCUUUAAGUGUACUCAAGACAACGAAUCGACCGUUGUGAAUGUAGCGGAGAGAUCUGUGAUGAAGUCGGAUAUGAAGAUGAGAUCUGUUACUUGA